AUGAGUGUCGCUGGGUAUCGCCCAAUCCCCGUCGAGUUGGGGCAAGAGUCCGAGGGAUGGGAAGGGAUCGACCGCGCUGGGACCGAGGAGGUCGAAUUGGCGGGCUUGAGCCGGACAGAGGAAGGAGAGGAAGAGGCGGAAGGAGAGCAUAGUGGUCUUCUAUCUUCGUCAGCGUCUGAAGCUGAGGGUGGCGUCGAUAAGUGGGCUCUGCGGUGUCUGCUUCUCCAACACGCUUCGAGUACAUUCACGGCCGGCUCAUAUGACUUUGCGUCUUUCCUAUUCCUGAUCGAGGUCUUCAAGGAUACACUCGUACCUGCCUCGCUAGUCGGUCUACUUACUCAGCUGGCGGGACUGGUGUUCUCUGGAUAUAUGGGAGGUCUGGUGGACAAGUAUCCGAGGUUGCCUCUUGUACGAGCUACAAUAGGAGCGGAGAAGGUCUUCAAGGCUGCCAAUUAUGCUCUCUUCCUAGUCCUCUUUGGCCCACUUAUUACCAUCGCCCAACCUGCCUUUCAUGGUGAAGCACCAAUCGGCGGCGUACUGGCAACCUGGACUAUCCUACUGCUCACAAUUGCCUGCUCGACGAUGCUAGGCCUGGCGAAUACGACACUGGAGGUGGCUAUUGAGAGGGACUGGGUCAUGACGAUAGCGCAAGGUAGAGGGGAGACUCUGACCAAGCUCAAUACAUCCAUGAGGCGGAUAGAUCUCCUCUCGAAGCUUGUAUCACCUCUCUUCGUAUCAGUUCUCACUGCGACGAUCGGCUACUUCCGCACGACUUGCGCCCUCCUCGCCUGGGUCGCAGUCACAGGCGUGGUCGAGUACCUCUGGAUACAGGUCGUCUAUACGCGUUUCCCCGUCCUAGCGGAAUCACAAACUGUCCACGAACAACAAGACGGGCCGCGAAGCAGCGGAUCGAGGGCUUCAUCGCGGGCGGGACUGGGAGGAGUGAUAGGCUGGGCAAAGAGGGAGAAGAACGACUGGGCGGAGUUUGUGCAAUUACCCAUCUUCUGCAGCUCGGUCGCUAUCGCCGCGAUCUACCUCACAACCCUAUCAUAUGACGGGACAUUUAUUGCGUAUAUCAAAGCUGCAAGAGGGUACGACGACACCUUUAUCGCCAUCAUGCGCGGCAUCUGCGUCCUCACCGGCCUCCUCGGCACAUUCCUCAUGCCCCACCUCGAGCGUCUGAUCGGCCUCGAACGCGCCGGCGCCUGGUCCAUCUCGUUCGAGCUCGCCUGCCUCGCCCCGACCGUCCUGGCGUUCUUUUACGGGACGGGCGCGUACGGAACGAAGGGGGCUGUCUGGAACGAGGUACUUUUGUUUGGGGGGAUAGCGGCGAGUCGGGUCGGACUGUGGAGCUUUGAUCUAUGCCAGCUCAAAGAACUGCAGCAGUCCCUUGCGGACCAUCCGAACCGGAAUCGCCUGACCGCUCUCCAGAUCUCGCUCCAAAACUCGUUCAAUCUCCUCAAGUACGCCUUGACCCUUGCUGCGGCCACCCCGCGCGAGUUCAAGUGGACGGCGCUGGUCAGCUGGAUUGCUGUCGCUGCGGGCACGGGGAGCUAUGCGCUUUAUCUGAGGAAAGUGAGGGGGCAUCUGUUACAUCUGGAAUGGUUCAGGAAGAGACGGUAG